GCGCGCCGUGGCUCGGCUCAGCCGCGUCUCAGCCUGCUUCCUCAAGAUUUCAACUCUUUCCAGUCGUCGCACUGCGCCUCCACACUCAUCAGCUGCUUCGUACUUACACAUGAAAAUCUACUUCCACCAUUGUGCUCCUUGGGGUGACCCACACUCGCCACCGGCACGAUGUCGCUGGUCAAGGUCAUCCGUGAUGUCGACUGGUCGGCCAGCGGAAGGGGAUCGCACGUCGACUUUGGCCCUGGAGAAGAGGUGCCGUUGAAAGAAGUGCGCUAUCUUGGUAGAGGCGGCAUGGCGACAGUGUACGAAACAAAGGUCCAUGGCCACAGCCUGGCUUGGAAGAAGAUAGGCCUCAGACGACGGCCCAGCGAGAAGGACAAGAAAGAGAUUGACAUUCUCAAGAAAUUGAGCCAUGCGCAUAUGAUUCGGCUCAUCGGAGCUUACACACACCAGACGGUCAUUGGAUUGCUGCUUUUUCCCGUUGCCGUGUGCGACCUUCAAACAUUCUUCAUUGACGCAGAAGCAGCAUGCAACCAGCCUGCAGACGACGAGCGGACUGAUCGCCUCACCCGGCUCGGAUACCUUCCAGAUGAUCCCCUUGCGCCGCGGGAGCGCAAAGCUUGGCCAAUCUACUCUCAAAUUGGUUGUUUGAUGUCCGCCAUCGGGUACCUUCACGGCCAACGAAUUCGUCACAAAGACCUCAAGCCUUCAAACAUUCUAUUGUUGCGAGACCGUCUGUACCUUAGCGACUUCGGGUGUGCUUCUGACUUCUCCUUGCUAUCGCGGAGCGCCAGCGAUAACGGCGGCGGGACACCUAGAUAUCUGUCACCAGAGACAGCGAAGUUUUGUGACAGUGGCCGUGCAGCAGAUAUAUUCUCGCUCGGCUGCGUUCUCCUCGAAAUCCUGGUGUUCCAUCACGAAGGGACACUUCGCCGCAUCCAAGACUUUGGUCUCACUACAGAUCGAUCAUACCAUGCAAAUCUAAACCAAUUGGACGUAUGGCUGCCUUGGACAGCAAGUCCCAGUCCAAGGCGGCACCACCUUAUCAGAGAGGUGCACACGAUGCUGUCCAGGAAUCCAGACGACCGACCGGACAUUGAUGCAAUUCUUUCGCGCAUCAGUCUGUGCGAUGUCAUGGUGCGCGACACCAAGAGAUCCAUAUUUGGCGACUGUUGUCGCACAUCCUACAUGACUACGACGCAUCACAGCAGGCAACUUCACGCUGCGCAGACAGCUCUUCGCCGCACAGAGGAUCUUCUUCGGACAAGUCAGCUCCAGAUUGCGCGAAUGCAGAUUACUUUGAGCGAAACCCGUGAGGAUCUCAAGACUGCUUGCACCGCGCAGGUGUCUACCGAGCGACGGCUGAAGAAGGUUGAGAAGGAUCGCGACGUGGCAGAAUCUGCGUACUACGACCAAGCCCGGAAACAUGCACGGAAAGCAGAGUGUUUGGAUACAGCUGAGGGAAAAUUGCGGACAGCAGAGAAACACCUGCGUGAAAGCCUUGCUUUGAAUGCCGAAUCCGCUGUCAAGAUCGAUAGAUUGAGAACAGAGCGCAACACUCUGUGGAACGGCAAGCGCAAAAGCGAAAGCCAACAACGCAACGCUCCUGCGGAUGGAAACACACAUGUCGACCACCGUGAGCCGGCCUCUCCCUUCCAAGUCAGCCACCAGAAACCACAAUUUUCAGAGCUGGCUACGGACGGUUCACAACGGAUUCAAACACGGAGAAGAGACGUAGAUCACUCGCGCAGACAUAACAUGCAAGAGACAGCACAAGCUACCACCAGCGUGCACAACUCGCAUCCACAUAGGGUGGCAGUGAGAUAUGAGCGGAGCGGAACAGAAGACCCGUUUGGCAUGGAACAGCAUCCACUGCCCGCUCGAACGACCUACCACAGCACGGGAGCAAGGCUGAGGUUUCCAGUCACAACCCCCGCUUCUUCUACAUCAGAUACGUCAGAUACGUCAGAUACGUCAGAUAUAACAAGCCCACGAAUUGCUAUGGCCAUGAACAACCAGCGGACAAGAAGAGCAGCAAGUCUACCAGCCAACCAGACCGGAUCCGCAGGACAAGCAAGAAGACCCAGAAAACCACGGAGCAAGACCGAAGCCCUCACCCCUCCCGCCCCAGCCCAGAGACCCAGCCGGAGCGCCCAAGACCCACCCAGCGCCUUACCACACACUCCCCCGGGCCUCAAACACGCAGACUUCGCGGGCCGCCACGCACCCAAUCCCGACCAAGAAGACCCACAUCUCCGCGUCUCAGAUGGCGACACCUACGACCCCCGGCUCCAACACUCUGCUCCCCGCACCCAGGGCGCGCUGGCCAAUACAAACGAAUUCGGCACCCUCGGUCCCUUCUUCGCCGGGGUCCACGUACUGAGUCGAAGGGCCGCAGAAGAAGAAGAAGCGCAUGCACCCGUUGACCAGAGUAAAAGCGCCUCGUCCGGUCUCGGCAGGUUGCGGAAGGCCUUGCAGAGAGUGACGGGGGACUGAGCGCGUUUCCCGAUCGCGCGCGG